GGACGAGAUGGAAGAGGAGCUGAAAUGCCCCGUGUGCGGCUCCUUCUACCGGGAGCCGCUCAUCCUGCCCUGCUCGCACAACCUCUGCCAGGCCUGCGCCCGCAACAUCCUGGUGCAGACGCCCGAGGCCGAGUCCCCGCAGAGCCGCCGGGCCUCGGGCGUCUCCGACUACGACUACCUGGACCUGGACAAGAUGAGCCUGUACAGCGAGGCGGACAGCGGCUACGGCUCCUACGGCGGCUUCGCCAGCGCGCCCACCACCCCGUGCCAGAAAUCCCCCAACGGGGUGCGGGUCUUCCCCCCCGCCGCGCCGCCGCCGCCCCACCUGCCCCCGGCCGGCCUGGCCCCCGUGCCCCGCAACGCCUGCCUCACCUGCCCGCAGUGCCACCGCAGCCUCAUCCUGGACGAGCGGGGGCUGCGCGGCUUCCCCAAGAACCGGGUGCUGGAGGGGGUCAUCGACCGCUACCAGCAGAGCAAGGCGGCCGCGCUGCGCUGCCAGUUGUGCGAGAAGGCGCCCAAGGAGGCCACGGUGAUGUGCGAGCAGUGCGACGUCUUCUACUGCGAGCCCUGCCGCCUGCGCUGCCACCCGCCCCGGGGCCCGCUGGCCAAACACCGCCUGGUGCCGCCGGCCCAGGGCCGGGUGAGCCGCCGGCUCAGCCCCCGCAAGAUCUCCACCUGCACGGACCACGAGCUGGAGAACCACAGCAUGUACUGCGUGCAGUGCAAGAUGCCCGUGUGCUACCAGUGCCUGGAGGAGGGCAAGCACUCCAGCCACGAGGUCAAGGCGCUGGGCGCCAUGUGGAAGCUGCACAAGAGCCAGCUCUCCCAGGCACUGAAUGGGUUGUCAGACAGAGCCAAGGAAGCCAAAGAGUUCCUGGUGCAGCUACGAAACAUGGUUCAGCAAAUCCAGGUACCAUACCAACCCGCUAGAGAAACAAACCCCCAACAGGAGAACAGCGUGGAGUUCGAAGCCUGCCUGGUGGCACAGUGCGAUGCCCUCAUUGACGCGCUCAACAGAAGGAAAGCCCAGCUGCUGUCCCGAGUCAACAAGGAGCACGAGCACAAACUGAAGGUGGUACGAGACCAGAUCUCUCACUGCACAGUCAAGCUGCGCCAGACCACAGGCCUGAUGGAGUACUGUCUGGAGGUCAUCAAAGAGAAUGACCCAAGUGGGUUUUUACAGAUUUCCGAUGCUCUGAUCAGGAGAGUGCACUUGACUGAGGACCAGUGGGGAAAAGGGACGCUGACCCCAAGGAUGACCACAGACUUUGAUUUGAACCUGGACAGUGCGCCUUUGCUGCAAUCCAUCCAUCAGCUCGACUUUGUGCAGAUGAAAGUCUCAUUAAUUCACAGAGCGCAGAGAUCCGGCACAACCGCUUCCUCUCCAGUGCCGGCACCCCCGAUCCUACAGCUAGAAGAAUGUUGCACCCACAACAACAGCGCUACGUUGUCCUGGAAACAGCCCCCUUUGUCAACCGUGCAGGUGGAAGGAUAUAUUCUAGAGCUGGAUGAUGGGAACGGUGGUCAGUUCAGGGAGGUGUACGUUGGGAAAGAGACGAUGUGCACUGUGGACGGUCUGCACUUCAACAGCACGUACAGUGCUCGCGUCAAAGCCUUCAACAAAACAGGAGUCAGCCAGUACAGCAAGACCCUGGUCCUACAGACGUCCGAGGACACAGAGUCAGAAGAACAGACCCUCCCUUUUCCAGUGCCUUUGGAAAGAUUUCAGCUCCGUAGAAUGAGUCCUUUCUCCUCCACACUUAAUCUACAACCCAGCUUCUCGGGGAGAUCCUACUUUGAGCUAAGAUCCUCGUCCCACCCGCUGAGCUUGCAUUCUUCUUUGCAGUCUCUGAAUUCAGCCGGAUGCAAUUUUGAGACACAGUCAGCGCCUUACUCUCAAUUAGUUGACAUUAAAAAACUGGUGGCAGUGGCCUGGUUUUCGUUCGAUCCCGGCUCUGCACACUCUGACAUCCUCUUUUCCAAUGACAACCUGACUGUCACCUGUAACAGCUAUGAUGACAGGGUUGUGCUGGGGAAAACUGGCUUUUCCAAAGGGCUCCAUUAUUGGGAGCUGUCGAUCGAUCGUUACGAUAACCACCCAGACCCGGCCUUUGGCGUGGCUCGUGUUGAUGUCCUCAAGGAUGUCAUGCUAGGAAAGGACGACAAAGCCUGGGCAAUGUAUGUGGACAAUAACCGGAGCUGGUUCAUGCACAACAAUUCACACACCAACAGGACCGAAGGGGGAAUAACAAAAGGUGCCACAGUUGGAGUGCUCCUUGACUUAACCAGGAGGACCCUAACAUUUUCCAUCAACGAAGAUCAGCAAGGUCCUGUGGCUUUUGAGAACAUGGAGGGCCUGUUCUUCCCUGCCGUCAGUCUGAACAGGAAUGUACAGGUGACGCUCCACACUGGUUUGCCGGUCCCCGAAUUCUAUACUUCCAGGGCAUCCAUGCAGUGAUGAGACUACUGACGCCAGCUGCCUUUUCUCAGGAUGAGUCAAGAGAGCUGCUUUACUUUGUCAAGCAGAGACCUCAUAGGAGCCGGGGAAUCUUUGGUCAGCUGGUAACUGGAGACCAGGGAAAACCAAAAACAAAAACAAAAGUGAGAAGAGAAGAAACUGGCCUUCUCCAGUCUUCGUACUCCACGACCGCACGGCAAACCCGCUUGGCGUCUCCGGCACCGUACUGUGCGCGUUUGCUUUGCUGUUUAGCUCUUUUGGCUGAUAAAGUACCUAGAUAGCCUGAGAUGUUACUCUGUGUCAGCUUUUCGGUUUGGGUCAUUACUUUGAUUUGCUGUUAUUUUUAAAUGUGGGCUUUUCAUUUCCUCAUACCAGUGUGGUUGCUGUUGACCAAUUUAGCUGCUGCCAUUGCAAGUGAAACCCUUCCAAUAACUUUCGACUGAGUUAUACAUCAGACAAAAGAUGCUGUGUAAAGAAACCAGGGAGAGUCUCGGGGCGGGGGGGAGCCCUUUGUGGGCAAGCAUUUGCUGAUGCCAGUCAAAUUACCUCCAGUGAUGUUUCUUUCCCUGUGGCCUUUCUUGUGGAGUACCCUCAAGCAUAUUUGUAGACAUUGGUCUUGGAUUACCAGUUAGUCUAUACAGAGCCAGGUGGAAUGCAUCAAGUAUUUGGAGACAGUCAUAUCCUUUAUAGCAGAUAAGGCCAAAUUCUUCCCUCACGCGUGGAUGUGGUUCACACUGAAGUCAGUGCAUCCCUGAGCAGGAUUUGGCCCAAAGAUAUUACUUUUAAAUACCAAGAGGUUUGCCAGGGCUUCAUCAGACCACUGUAAUUAAGACGGGUAGGUAGCCGGAGAAGAUAAUUACAUUUCUGAUGGGAUGAUCACUUGGUUUCAGCAGAAUAAUUAGAUGUUAAUUGAACAGUUCUGGUUCUAUAAUUUAUCAUUUUCAAAGGCUUUUCUGUUUAGCUCAGUAGAUGGACCGGGCUGUUUACCAUCCUCCUGUUCCCAGGCACUGCAAGGCAGUGCGGAUUUGCCAGAGGACUUGGGACGAGCACUUGCACCCACUCAGUGGCUUUAUAAACUGCGCGCUACGUAACGGUGCCAGCUGACACGGUGCUGCCAUAUCUCACAGGGCCUGCAGUUGGCCCUUUUGAUAUUAGCAUUUAUUUUUUUAUAGCUACAGCGAAAACCUAGCCUUAAAAAACCACCCGACAGUGUCCUUUUUUUCGUAGAGAGGAUUCAUUCUGUUCCGAGGUUAGCAUCACUUGGGGAGCAGGAGAGAACAGAGAGAGAAGAGGAAAGAGAGAGUCAGAAUCACAGUCCAUGGCAUUCACAUUCUCAGGAAUAAACAUGCUUGUUGCCAUGCCUACCUGUGCCUAACAUUCUGCUUCCAUUCACAAACUUAACUUUCUGGUAAUUCAGACAAAUGUCACAUGUAAAAACGACAGAUUAUUACCACUGUGUUUAAAUGCCAGAACGUUAACUUUUCCCGUUUCUGUAGUGAAGAGACUGCAUGCCGCAUGUUAUUACGCUUUCCUUUGGUUGAUGACACUCUCUAGAUUAGUUUCAGGGGCUGGAGAAAGACUCCAUUUUGUUGCCCACCAUUUGCCAAGCAAUUGAGUUUGUUGAAAAAACAUAGUUAAUUGAACUGGGGAUAGGGUGGGAGGGGAAGCUAAUGGAAUAAUGUUCCAGCAAAAAGACAUAUGUAAAUAGAUAAUCAUUUCCUUUUAGUGCUUACCAUUCUAUUUAGAAUGUUCUUAUUUGUUAUAUUGUUAUUCUAGUAUUAAGUUUACCUAAUUUAUUGAAUGGGUGCUAUCUUGUUCAUUUAAACCUAUUAGUUUAUCUCAGCUACAGAAGAGCUGUGUUGCAGGACAACGCUGAUCUGUUAUUUGUUUAAUUUCUUAUGAGACUCAGUUGCCGGGCCACUGUGGACUCGUUUUUCAUAGUCGUUAUAUUCCCAGUUCUUGAUGAUGUUCAUGAUGCUUAUUAGAUUUCUAGUGACUUGUAACCCGUAGUUUACGCUGUACUGCAAUCAUAGGUGCGUACAGCUGCUGUACUAAAGGAAAGUGUUUGCUGUUCUAAUAAAUGACUUUUAUGAGA